AUGCUGCUGGCAUCCCAAGAGAAGCAGGCCAGAGACCCCAGAGUGACCCGAACCAAGGCGGAAAAGGCCAUGUCGCCUAAGGUUCCGGUGCCGCAAGGGGACAUCAUGCCUGGAGAGCUGACUGAGGUGGAGGCGGCGAAGCUGAGGGCUGGUGAGGAGGGUGAGGAGGUGGUGGGCGACAUCGCGGAAGUACUGGUGUACCGAGUGAUGGAUGCCGCCUGCAAAUCCUACCUGGAACGGCAGUGCAUUCCGUACGCAGUCGACUGGGCAUGGGAGACCAUGUUGAGCAUGGGCCAGAUGCGAUUCAUGCCCCGGGAUGAGGGAGAACCCCACCUAGCAGAGGACCCCACGUGGGUGGAGGACGAGGAACCCUCACCUUGCCCGAUUGACACCUGGGCUCGGGAGCCGUGCCCGUGCGGUGCGCGCCCUGCUCGGUGGAAAGGAAGACGAGGCAAGGCAAAGUAAGCCCCGCCCCCAGCUCCUUCCCACCUCCCGCCCCCGCCCCCGCCAUGUCCUUUUCUCUUCAGGGCCUCUCUGGGCUGCUCCAACCUUAGUUCCUGUCUCCUUCCUGAUGUAACACUUCUCACCUCCCACCUCCACCCCAGUGUAC